AGACCAAUAAGUAAAGUUCAUGGAAAUUAGUGGAAUUUUUUUUUUUGAAAGCAAAAAUUAGUGGAAUUGAAGUCCAUAUUAGUGGAAUUGAAGUCCAUGGAAAUUGAGUUAGUGGAUUUGGAAUUAUAGUUUCAUCCCUAGGCAUGCUGCCUUCCACUGGUUAAAGCCACAAUCAGAAUAAAAUUUUUAUUUAUUGCUUAAGGAUGACUAAAUUUUAAUCCUUGUAAAAGCCUUUAAAAUCUCGUUCUAACCAAACUCAUUGAUAUAGUAGAACGGAGGGUUGCUUUCUCCCCCAGAGUAGGUCAUUGUUGGACCAAACUGAGUAAACAAAUUAUCGUGUGUUGUUUCUUCUUCUCCUUUAUUAUUUUUAUUUUACUUGUGGUUAUUAUUGCUAUCCGCUUGAUAUUGGUUGUCGCUCUUUUGCUCCAACCAUCAAAGUAUUAUUGGUGUGAUUUUAAACAAUUAAUUGACUUGACUUUUGAUGGCAUCUUUUUAUCUUGUGUCAAAAUAAAUUUUCCAUUUCCCACUACGUACAUGUUGCAUUUAUUAUUUAAUCCACACCGAAAGAGAGGGAAUGACAUACUUUUGUAUUUCAUCAAACAAUCUCUUAUUCUCAACCAAAUGAAGCCUUAUAUUUUCUUGUUACCUAUGUCUUGGUAUAUAUACCUUCAUUUGAUUAAUCUAUUAACCUUAACUUUAAUGUGUUUUGGUCCAAACAGAACUUUGACAAUGGCACUAGGAAAUCAAACAGAUCAUUUGGCUUUGCUCCAAUUCAAGCAACUAAUAUCUAGUGAUCCAAAUGGUAUCUUAGAUUCUUGGAAUAGUUCAACUCACUUUUGCAACUGGCAUGGAAUCAUAUGCAGUCCCAAGCAUCAAAGAGUUACAAAGUUGAAAUUGCAAGGAUACAAGUUACAUGGAUCCAUAUCUCCAUUUGUUGGCAAUCUCUCACAUAUGAGAUUCCUCAACCUUGGAGAUAACAACUUUAACGGAAACAUUCCACAAGAGCUGGGUCGUUUGUCAAGAUUAAGAUAUCUUCUUCUACUCAACAACUCGUUGUCCGGAGAAUUUCCAAUAAACUUGACAAAGUGCUCAGAGCUCAAAAGGAUGAUGUUAGUUGGAAACAAACUUAUUGGAAAAAUACCUAGCCAAAUUGGUUAUCUUCAAAAGCUUCAACAUUUCAGGAUGGACAAAAAUAAUUUAUCUGGAAAAAUUCCACCAUCCAUAAAGAAUCUUGCAUCCCUUACUAUUUUUAUGACGAGUUUUAAUAAUUUGGAGGGAAAUAUUCCACAAGAAAUUUGCAGCCUAACACAGUUGAAAAUUAUAGCGGUUCAUGCUAACAAAUUGUCUGGUAUAUUUCCUUCUUGUCUUUAUAAUAUAUCAUCUCUUAAUGUGAUCUCAAUUGCAUCCAAUGAAUUUAGUGGCUCUCUUCCACCCAAUAUGUUCCACACUCUUCCCAAUCUCCAAUAUUUUUCAAUUGGAGGAAAUAAUUUCUCAGGUCAUAUACCCACUUCCAUUGCAAAUGCUUCUACUUUGACAACACUACUUGACAUUGAUACAAACCAUUUUGUCGGACAAGUUCCAAAUCUAGGUAAGCUACAAAGUCUUAGAUUCCUACAUUUAGCUUACAACAAUUUAGGAGACAAUUCCAAAGAGGAUUUGGAAUUUUUAAACUCAUUGACUAAUUGUAGUAAGUUGCGUUUACUCGAUUUGACAACUAAUAAUUUUGAAGGUAGUUUGCAAAAAUCUAUAGGUAAUUUGUCCACCUCGCUUAAUCGAUUGUCUUUUGGGGAUAAUCAAAUAUAUGGACAAAUUCCUACAGAAUUAGGAAAUCUAACUAGCUUGAGUCUCUUGUCCAUGGAAUAUAACAAUUUUGAAGGAACAAUUCCAACUACUUUUGGAAAGUUUCAAAAGAUACAAGCGUUAAUAUUGUACGGAAACAAUUUAUCAGGGGUUAUACCAUCUAUCAUAGGCAACCUCAGUCAAUUGUAUGCAUUGGGACUAGAUGGAAAUAUGUUUGAAGGUAAUAUUCCUCCAAAUAUUGGAAAUUGUCAAAAGUUACAAUACUUAACUCUUUCACAAAACAACCUCAAAGGAGACAUACCCUUAGAGAUUUUUAACAUUUCGUCCUUAACAAACUCCCUAAACUUGUCACAUAACUCAUUGAGUGGUAGCUUACCAAAAGAAGUGGGUAUGCUAAAAAAUAUUGAAAUGAUAGAUGUUUCUGAGAAUAAUUUGUCCGGGGACAUUCCUGGAACCAUUGGUGAAUGCAUGAGUUUAGAAUAUCUUUAUAUGGAAGGGAACUCUAUUAGAGGAACCAUACCAUCCUCUUUGACAUCGCUCAAAGGUCUUCAACGUUUAGAUCUGUCUAGAAAUCAGUUGUCUGGACCAAUUCCAAAAUUUUUGCAAAAUAUUUCUUUCCUAGAAUAUUUCAAUGUUUCUUUCAACAUGUUGGAAGGUGAAGUACCGACAGAUGGUGUAUUUGGAAAUGCAACUCAAGUGGCAAUUAUUGGAAACAAUAAGCUUUGUGGGGGUAUUUCACAGCUGCAUCUACCACCAUGCCUGUCCAAGGGUAGGAAACAUGCAAAACACCGUAAGUUCAGGUUGAUAGCAGUGAUCGUUAGUGUGGUUUCUUUUCUUCUCAUGCUUUCAUUUAUUAUAACUAUGUAUUGGAUAAGGAAAAGAAAUCUAAAACGAAAUGUUGAUUCACCAACAAUUGAUCAACUAGCUAAGGUUUCAUACCAAGACUUACAUCGAGGAACAGAUGGUUUCUCAGCUAGAAACUUGAUCGGAUCAGGAAGUUUUGGUUCUGUUUAUAGAGCAAAUCUUGUUUCGGAAGAUAAUGUUGUUGCUGUGAAGGUCCUUAACCUCCAAAAGAAGGGAGCUCACAAGAGUUUCUUUGUUGAAUGUAAUGCACUCAAAAACAUUAGACACCGAAAUUUAGUUAAGAUUUUAACAUGUUGUUCAAGUACAGAUUACAAAGGCCAAGAAUUUAAAGCUUUAGUUUUUGAUUACAUGAAAAAUGGAAGCUUAGAACAAUGGUUGCAUCCUGAGAUUUUAAAUGCAGAGACUCCAACAUCACUGGACCUCAGUCUUAGAUUAAACAUCAUUAUUGAUGUUGCUUCUGCAUUACAUUAUCUUCAUGAAGAAUGUGAGCAAUUGGUCAUUCAUUGUGAUCUAAAGCCAAGCAAUGUCCUUCUUGAUGAAGACAUGGUUGCUCAUGUGAGUGAUUUUGGCAUAUCAAGACUUGUCUCAUCCAUUUGUGGUAACAGUAGUACAAUUGGAAUCAAAGGGAGUGUUGGCUAUUCUCCUCCAGAGUAUGGAAUGGGUUCUGAAGUGUCCACGUGUGGUGACAUGUAUAGCUUUGGAAUCCUUAUGUUGGAAAUGCUUACCGGUAGAAGACCCACUGAUGAAGUUUUCAAAGAUGGUCAAAAUCUGCAUAACUUUGUUGCAAUUUCAUUUCCUGAUAAUCUUGAAAAUAUUUUUUACCCACAUAUUGUAUCAAGAGAUGCAGAAGUGACAGAAGAUGGAAGCAUUGAAAAUUCGGAGUGCUUAAUUUCACUUUUUAGGAUUGGACUUAUUUGUUCAAUGGAAUCGCCGAAGGAAAGAAUGAAUAUUGUGGAUGUCACUAGAGACCUUAGCAUAAUCAAAAAGACCUAUCUCACUGGUUUUCGCACUCAUAAUUAGGAUCUAAAGUUGAACCAAGUUUCCAAGUCAUUUGUGGAAAGAGAAGUUAUUCAGCAACAUUUGAUUUUGUGAAUCUGUGUGAUUGUGUUCAUUGUUGAUUUCUAGUUGCUAUAAGUAAUGUUGUAUUGCAUUUUAAUUCGAUAAAGUGAGAGUUACUUCUCUCAAAUUUAUCUUCAUUCCAUUGUCAUGUACUUUCAUUUUGUUAAGAAUUGGCACUGUAGAUAAAAUUGCAGGUGCAGAAUUGUAUGUAUUUUUAGUAAUAGGCCAAUUAAUGGUUUGAACUCAACUCUCUAUUAUGAGAUUAAUGCUCCAAUCACUAAUAUUUUAUGGUCUUUAA